CUCCGGGGCCCGCCCGCCGCGGGGGGCCGCCGCCUCCCGCUGCACAAAGUUUCCUCAGCCCGGACCGGGGGCAUCCUCCGGGGCCCGGGGACCAGGCUGGCAGUGCCCACGCGCCCACCCGCGCCGACUGCCCGGGCUCCCAGGAUUCCAGCGGGGGCUCCCCGGCCCCAGUAACUGCUCGCCGUCCCCCGUGGUGCGGGGCGAGGUGGGCGCCUCCGCAGGCGCGGGCCCCCUGGCAGACGCCCCGGGGCUGCCAACAUGUCUGCCCGCCGCUCCCCCGCCACUCCGGGUUUUGGGCUCCCCGGCCCUCCCUGGGCCCUCAAAGUCUGCGUUUGGCCUGAUUUUUGCGCCUGAAAGAGGGAAGGGGAAAGGCGGUCCUCUGCCUGGAUCUCAUGGCCCCGUGGUCGGCUCCGGGGAGCUCUUGGGGGGGGGGCGGACAGUUUGCAGGCGCUGGGGGUCCUUUCCCCGGCCCCGGCAGAAUUUGGGGGAACCAGCGCCGUCCCCUUUUCCUCUCCCCCCCAAACAGAGAAUCCUGGAUCCCAUAGAACUUGGAGGUCCGGACCCAGGAUUCUCUCCUUCUGGGCGCCAGUGGUCUCUUGCAUGUGUGGGUCCCCAGCUAGCAUGAUCCUUGGUGGUCUCGGCCAGCUUCUUCUCUGCAGUGGGUCCGGAAAGGCUUGGGCCAGAUCAAGGCUUUCCUCUCCUGGACCUAAUAGUGACAUCCCUCCGGACAUGUCUCCCACACCCGGCUUCUGGCAGCAGCUGUUGCCCAGCCACAGACUGGGAGCCCGGGGCACCCCGCUGUCCGGUGGGGCAGACACCCAGAAGCUCGUUUCCCUAAAACAUAAUGGUUCAGGCCGUGGGCGGCUGUUCCAGAGCUUUGUCUUUGAACCCCCUGCCCAAGACCACAGCUUGAUCCAGAUGAGCGGGGCCCUGGCACUGCUUCCAGGCACUGCUGCUCCUCAGUAACAGACUUCCCAGCCCGUCUCCAAAGCCGGCGUGUGAAGGGAGGGCGGGAGAUGCAGGCGGCCCUGAAGUUACUGGGCACAAGAAGAAAAAGAAGAGGGGGAGGAAAGUCACAGGGUCUUGGCCAGGGUGCUCCGGGCUCAGAAUCGGCAAGUUUCAGCGGAGAGACUGGGCAACUUAGGAGUCACUUAGCCACUGUGAUGGUGACAGGGUGUGUGUUCUAGGGUCAGGGACUGGGGAUCCUUCAGAGGCAGCCUGGUGCCUUCCAUUCUGUUUCUCCCCUUCUUACCCAUUCCCCUCCUACUCUCCUCUUAGUCCCAGUGUAGGGGCUUGUUUAUUUGAAGCCGAAUGAUAAAAUGCCCUUUGCACUACCAAGAUUUUGUUCCUGACCCAGUGGAGGGCCCCUAAGGGCUGCUUUUCUGGGUGGAACCACUUUUCAGGCCCUUGCUCUUUUUAUCACUGUUCGGAGGAAUUAUACUAAGAAUGAUUGGCAAUAAGGUUUGCUUUUCAUCUGUGAUCUCAUUUGAUCCUCCUCUCUCCCCUGUAAGAUUAGUAUUUGUUCAGUCCUUGCAUCAUGGAAGAAAUAUUGGAAGGGCUUGCCUUUUCCAGCUCACUUUACAGAUGAGGAACUGAGGAAAACAGAGUUCAGUGACUCCCUCAGGGUCCCAUAGCUACAAAGAAUCUGAGGCUGGAUUUGAACUCAUGAAGAUGGGUCUUCCUAUUUUCCCAGUAAGCCCUUAAGCCUUAAGAAAUCAAAACUCGGGUCUUCCUGACUCCAGCUCUGCUCUGUGGAUGCUCCCAGAUUACUUUUUCUCUUUGCAUCUCUGCUUGCCCUGCAGUGACCCAGCCCCUCCCUCCCUCCAUCCCUCCCUCUCUUUCUCCCUCCUGCCCUCCCUUUCUCUUUCUCUUUUUAAUCUUCCACUGAUCCCAGCUUCUUUCUACUUCUCCUAGGCUCCAGUGAGGUCAGUCACCCAGUGGAAUCCUCAGGACAGUUUACAGGCUUUGGAAGGACCAGGGGUUUGAUUAUCUUCUCUCCUCCGCAAUAACUUAUCAGUCCUUCUUCCUUCCCUGUGUGACCUUGGCCAAGGACAGUACACAGCUGACAUUUAUGUAACAUUUUAAACUCUGAAAAGCUCUUUUAUUUUAACUUUCUGGGCCACAUCUCUAAAACGAAGGGAUGGAGUUGGGCUAGGUUAUCUUUAAGUUUCCUCCUAACUCAAAAUCUUAUUAGUGGCUGAGGAUCUUUGCAGAAAGGGCAGUUUAGAAGAAGCUGGUGAACGUUGUGGUGCCCUGGCCCCCUCAGUGUUAACUUUUACCUCCCCAAUUCCGCUCUCUGUGGUUGUUCGCCUGCCUAGUCACUUCCCCUUCCCUUGGAAACUUUACUCUCUGUGUUGAAGUUGUUUCUCCAACAGCUGUGAUGGCCCAGAGUGGGGCAAGGCAAGGUUUCAAUCUCUCUUGAACUCUUCAGAAUUGCUUUCAGUGGGGACUCCUGCCUGCUACCCCAAGUGCCCUGGAGCUCUGAUUCAAAUAAUUUAUUUAUUUAUUAUCUUAGUCCUCCAUAGUUGAGGGGGCCCCAGAUAGAAAUUAUCUACUUAAAAUUUUCCCAUUUUUCAUUUGAGGAAACUAGGCUUCUUCAAAGAAAGUGAAGUGGAAAGGGAGUCUAGAGGCCCUUGUUUCAGUCCUACUCUCCGAACUAGCUGUGUGACUUCAGAAUAGUCACUUCCCUGGCAGCUUUUUCCUUUUUAAAAUGGAGAGUUUAGACUACAUGGUCUCUUGAGGUCCUUUCCAGUUCUUGAGAUUUUAUGACUGACUCUCUGGACUCUUUGAUUAAUCUGCCAAAAGUCAAAUCCCUUAGCUCCAUAGGGAAAGUCAUGCCAGAGUCCUCGCCUGGCAACAGUGAUUGCAGGGUCCCAGGUCCAGGCCAGGACAGCUUGGAGGCUGGUUCAGUGCAGAUAAUUGGACCACGGAUAAUUUAUAUUUUCAUGUUGUUGUUUGUCGUUCCUUCUCUGAGAGGGCUAUGACAUCAGGGAGAGGUGGUGCCUUGACAUGCAAAUGAAUUGGAUUGAAGUGAGGGAGGGCUGUGCAAAGUCAUCUGCUCCACUUUCCCCUGCAGAGCCAACUGGGUCCGGUGGCAAGAUGUAGAUCAGGACGACUGGAGCUGCCCGUGGAUGAAAAUUACUUAAGCUUUGAAAGUGCUUUUAUAUUCAUUGUCUUGAGUUUUACAACAGAUCCGUCCCAAAGGAUUGAGGAGGUGGUCUAUAAAUCUAUCCUUGAAAGACUAGGUGGCCCGAGGCAGCCGAGAUGAAAGCUCUCCUUGGGAGCCGUGCUACCUGCUGAGAAACAUGAUCAGCAAGUCUCGCUGGAAGAUCUUGGCCGUGCUGGCUCUGUUCCUGGUCAUGGCCUGGUAUUCUAUCUCCCGAGAAGACAGUUUUUAUUUCCCUGUCCAAAUGGAAGGGCUGAAGUGCCCCCAGGGUGAGGUGGAAAAGAAAGCUGCUCAACUGAUUGGCAACUACUCUCGAGACCAACCCACCUUUUUGCAGUUGAAGGAUUUUUUUUGGAUACAGACAACUUCCACCUACCAGCUGCCUUAUGGUGUCAAGGGGAGUGAAGAUGUGCUCCUGAGGGUCCUGGCCAUUACCAAUUAUGCCAUGCCAGAGAGCAUCCAGAAGUUGAAGUGCCUCCGGUGCGUGGUCGUGGGAAAUGGCCAUCGGCUAAAGAACAGCUCUUUGGGGAACACCAUCGACAAAUAUGAUGUGGUCAUCAGGCUGAACAAUGCUCCAGUGGUUGGCUACGAGAGUGACGUGGGAUCCAAGACCACCAUGCGUCUAUUCUACCCAGAGUCUGCCCACUUUAGCCCCAAAGUGCAGAACAACCCUGAUACCCUCUUGGUUCUGGUACCCUUCAAGGCAAUUGACUUUCACUGGAUUGAGACCAUCUUGAGGGAUAAAAAUCGAGUGCUAAAGGGCUUCUGGAAACAGCCCCCCCUUAUCUGGGAUGUCAACCCUAAGCAGGUUCGGAUCCUUAACCCCUUCUUCAUGGAGGUCACUGCUGCUAAACUGCUGAGCCUGCCCAUCCGGCCAUCCCGGAAGAUCAAGCAGAAACCCACAACAGGCCUGCUGGCCAUCACACUGGCGCUACAUCUCUGUGACCUGGUACACAUUGCUGGCUUCGGCUAUCCGGAUUCCUCUAACAAGAAGCAGACCAUUCACUACUAUGAGCAGAUUACUCUCAAGUCAAUGUCUGCUUCAGAACACAACGUCUCUCACGAGGCCCUGGCCAUCAAACGGAUGCUGGAGAUUGGAGCUGUCAAGAAUCUUACUUACUUUUGACUUGGACAAGAACUGUACCAGUCAGUCUGUCCACCUUAUUGCCAGAGGAACCACUCUUGCAUGGUUAUGGGGAAUCCUGGUGCUUGUAAAAUGCACUUGGACCCCACUCUCUUCAGCCACAGGAAGAGGGCCCUGGGACUGGCCAAGAGUGGGUUGGGGGCAGUGCCCCAGGCUACAUCUGAGAAGUCCAGGGCCCAGCAGGUUAUGAGGCCAUGGAAUCGUAAUGAAGAAUAUGGAGUUAGAGUUGGUGCUUUCAUGACCACUUUCCCCACUGGGGCCAAGAGACUGUUUAAUGUUCUAUUUAAUUGGGAUAUAGGGGGAUGGCAGGAAGAGUCAAUGCCUUAGCCACAUGGGAAGGAGUUAUGGGCUGGUCCCAUAGUACUCCCUGGAAAGAGAGAACCAGGGCCUUCAUGGGCACAAUACAGUAUUUUUUCCAUUUUUUUUAAAAUACCCACACAAAUGUGAUGGGGCCUUUGAGGCCUGGACUUAAGAGUACUGACAGCCCAAGAAGUAGGCACAGAUUCUGAAAAUGUUGUUUGGGACAGGGGCUGCUGCCUCCCAGCUGGCAUGGGAGGAGAAUGAAGGCAUGCAGGGGUUCUUCAGGGGAGGGCCCCCAUUUUUGAAAUAGGUUUAUGAACCUGUCAUUAAAUAUUUUUCCUCAAAGGAA